CCGGAAGUGACGCCGCAGGAACUGAGAAGCGUACACAACAAAGAUGGCGUCUCCCGGCGAAGAAGCGACGGGUGAUUCACACGUGGGGAAAAAUAAGAAGCCACCAGCUCGUUAUUGGCAGGAGUUACCAGAUAAAGGGAAAGAUGAAAAGGAUGAAGAAAAGCCUCUGCCGCAGAAGGAUCAACAGACACAGAAAGCAAAGAAAAGAAAGCAACAAGAGGAUCAAAGAGAUGGAAAGAAAUUUGUUUCAGGGAAAUCCGACCCUUUCCCAGGUCCUGCUCCACUUUCAAAAGAGAGGGUGCAGAAAUUCAAGAGGAAAGAUAAGGCUAAAAGGCCUCGUAACCAGCAUUUCAAGCUGAGAGACAUAAUGAAAAGAUCAGAUGAAGCCUCAGAAAUGUCCCAGAAACAAGCUGCCCGGUUUGACAUCCUGCUCCCCGAGGAUGCAGGGUUUCUAGAAGGAGAUGAAGAUGAGGACACAUGUACAAUCUCACAGGAGGACAUUGCAGAAGCAGUGGACAUAACCUCUGGAACAAAGUAUUUCAACCUGAAACUCUCUCAAUUUGGGCCAUAUCGAGUUGACUACACUAAGACUGGACGUCACCUGCUGCUUGGUGGGAGGAGAGGCCACGUUGCUUGUAUAGACUGGCAGUCCAAACAUCUGAUGUGUGAGAUAAACGUGAUGGAGUCUGUUAACGAUGUAAAGUGGCUCCAUAGUGAGGCUAUGUAUGCAGUGGCUCAGAAGAAGUGGCUGUACAUCUAUGACUCCAAUGGAAUAGAGCUUCACUGCAUCCGCAAGUUCAAUGACGUCCUUCGCAUGCAGUUCCUCCCCUACCACUUUUUACUCGCCACAGCGAGUGCUACAAGUUUCCUGCAGUACCUGGACGUGUCAGUAGGAAAGGAGGUGGCAGCAUUCUGCACCAAGAUGGGCCGACUUGACGUGAUGUGCCAGAACCCUCAUAAUGCUAUCAUCCACCUGGGACACCCCAACGGUACGGUCACCCUCUGGUCGCCAAACCAGAAAGAAGCGCUCGUCAAGAUGCUCUGUCACCAAGGCGGUGUGCGCUCUGUCACUGUGGACAAGACGGGCACAUACAUGGUGACAUCUGGUCUGGAUAAAAAGCUGAAAGUGUAUGACAUUAGAGCCUUCAAACCCCUCAAGUCAUACUUCCUCCCUGCUGGAGCUUCCUGUUUAUCGCUGAGCCAGAGGGGACUGCUGUCUGCAGCCACGGGAGAUGUUGUUCAGGUGUACAGGGACGUAUGGAGCGCUCCGGUGACUAAACCCUACAUGGCUCACAGAGUUCGGGGAUCAGUGUGGGGGCUGCACUUCUGUCCUUUUGAGGAUGUCCUUGGAGUUGGGCAUGGAGACGGUUUCACCAGCAUGCUCGUACCUGGAGCGGGUGAGCCUAACUUUGAUGGUCUGGAUGCAAAUCCAUACCGCAGUGCGAAGCAGAGGCAGGAAUGGGAGGUUAAAGCCCUGCUGGAGAAGAUCCAGCCAGAACUCAUCAGCCUCGAUCCUACUGAGCUGGGAUACGUUGACCGUGCAACAUUUGAACAAAGGCAUCAGGACAGGGUCCAAGCUCUGGGCUAUGAUCCGCUUGCUAAAGAAAAAUUUGUUCCCAAGUAUAAGAAAAAAGGUCGUAGUUCUGCUGGUGCCGUUGAAAGGCGCAAAAAGCAAGUGGCUCACGAGGACCAGAGGGACGAAAUCAGGAAAACUGUGGAAGACAAAAUGAAAAUGGAAAAAGAAACCAAGGAGAGAGCGAAGAAAAAGGCAGCUCUAUCUAAUCAGAAAUCUGCCCUGGACAGAUUCAAAAAAUAGAAAAGGAGGAUUCUUUGUGCAGCUCAAACCCCAGUGACAUUCUGUAGGAGUGGACCUUUGAACUUCACAUAAAAGAGACAGUUUUGUUCACAUUACGCCUCUGUGGGAACAAACCAUGCAACUGCAGACAUUCGGAAUGCAGUUGACAUAUAAAGUCGUGCAUUCUGAUGGGCAACAGUUCACUGAAUCAAUGCUGAGUGCAUUAGUAGGGCAGCACUAUUGAAUGUCUGCAGCCUGGAGCACUUCUUUCAUGUGAAGAUAAUGUGAUGUUCUAUAGCUGACAUGGGUGUCAUCCAGAGUUUGUGUUAGAAGUGCAGUGUGUAGGAUUUAGAAGGCAUUGCAUACUGCAAAUAACACCGCUUGCAUCGCCUUCCCGUUAAACAACAACGUAAAAGACCCUUUCUGGCGCCAGUGACUCCAUGGAAGACAACCUACUCUUGCUGUAGAUGUAAAGGGCUCAUUCUAAGGUAGUUAACACACAAUGAUUAUCGCUUACAGGUCAAUGUAUGCAAUGGAAACAUAAAUAUUAUAUUCAGUUUCUGCUAUUGGAGUCCCCUAAAUCUUACACACUACUCUUUCAUAUGCUAUUUUUCUCUGCCUAUAAAUACAUUUUUGUAAGAUUUUUGACCUUGUCAAACUGAGUUCUUUGGUGCCUGUUUAUAUUUAUUAUAUAAAUAAGUUCUGAAAAGAAAUACGGUGGGACAAACUUUCUGAAUACAAACUACUACUUGAUGUCGCAACUGAAUAUCAAAACACGGAAUACGUUCACUAUUUUUAUUGCUGUGGGAAAUUUCAUGAUUAAAUCACUCAUCUAUGAAGCUCCCCCUGCAAUAUGGAUUGAAUGAUGCGUGAGACAGUGUUACAGCUGCUUCUCCCUGAAAGGUCGUCUGGAGACCAUUUCUUUUCUGAUGGAUUCACUUAACACUUUGAUGCACAACAUGGGUCAAAAGUGAUCCAAGACCAAUGGAAAAUGGGUAUCUCCUGUCCCACGCUGCGCAUCAAAGGGUUAAGUGGUUUUAAUAAAUGGAGCGACUGAAUGGUUCACUGGUUCGACCACAUUCUUCAGUUAGUGCUAAAUGCGGGAGUGCAAAGGCUUUUAAAGCAGUGAAUUCCCUCAGCAGGCGUGGAACCUGACUGUGUUCCCUCACUCUGUAUCCUGCCACUAACAGGGUGAAAGCAAAAGUUCCAGUGCAGCAUAUUUUAAAUAAUAUUUGUAGCUGUUACAAGUUUUAGACGCGUUUGCAUGUAAUUACUACUUUGUUGGGAUUACAUACUCUGUAGGCUGUUUUUAUGUCAUGUAUAGGGAUCCUGAUUUCAGUGAGACUCGCUAAAUAACUAAAACUUAAGAAGUCUGUUACAUUUAGCAGGAUUACAGGUUUUGCACAUUCAUUAGCAGCAAUGAUAGUUAAUGGUUUGAAAAGAACACUGUAGUGGAAUUUAUUAGUCUUGAAAUGUGAAAGUUAAGCAAUAACUUGACCAUAGAUGUUAAGAAAUAAUUGACGGUUCAUAUUUCCCAACAUUUGCUUCUUCCUUUGUCACCCAGGAAGGAACGAUAUAGUACAAAAUACCUGUUGAGUGUUGAAACAAAGCAGACCUUUUGGUUCACAGAGUGGUUUAUUGGUGACUAUAUUUGAUUCGUACAUGUAUUUCCUGAGCAUAAACACACUGACUUUCUCUCUUAAAAUGUCAUCUCCACCUCACAUAGCAGACACAAAACCAAGUCCAGACCUGUCGGCACAGAGCUGCCGUCACACGUUUCAGUUUAAACUCAAGGUUACAGAGAAAACUUAUAAAUAAUGCUGUCUGUCUAUGUAUAACGUCAUUUCACAGUCACUGGUAGCGGUGUCAGCUGUGGAGAAAAAUUCCCUUUUGCUGUCUGUUUUCAGAAGUGGCCGCAUAGAUCUCACUGUAUCCAAUUUCAGCGUCCAUUUAAUGGCUUGCCAUUCCAGUCCCCAUUAUUGAAUUACAUCAAUUCUGUUCAUUUACUCAAGUCAUAAUUAGUUUAGCACAUAACAGCUUUUGGUGAUUUGUUGCUCCAUUUCUAUUGGGGUAUAUGAAGCCUGUGAUUUCAUGUUUAUUGCACUAUAUUUUGGAGACAUGCAUUUAGGCAAAUAGACUACUACAAUUGAAGUCCCUGGUACUAGACUACACAGGUGUUAAAUAAAUGAAGGCAGCAGCCUAUAGAUGUCA